CGCUGGCUUUGCCCCUUCGCAUUGCCGUCCUCCUCCCUCGUUCCGAUCUCCUCUCCCGAGUCUUGUCCUCGCUGACUCCCGAGCCUGGCGCCGCCACAGCCACGCCGCCCAGCAGUUCUUCCCUCCCCAGCUCCUCUCCUCCUUCCCACUGUCUGCCUGCCUCCAAUCCGUCCGGCUGGUUCCGGAUUUCCAAUCGAUCCUUCUAACAGCAGCAGCUUCUUCUCCCCUCUGCGCACGCGGUUCCCCGAUCCGCUUGGUCUCGCAGAUGGAGACGCCGGCAGGUUCCGCGCAGGCAGGCGGCCGCUUCCCCCUGCCGCACAGGUCCCUCUCCUUGGACAUCAAGGGCAACAAGACUGACAUUGUCAUCAGCAGAUACGAGGAUAACUUUCUGGUCAUCGUGACGCAGAUCGGAUGCAUGGGAACCAUAUUAGCUGCUAAGAAAGAUGAAAGUGUUUUCUCUGAUCCAACCUACAAUGUAUCUGUUCUUUUUGGGAAGAGGGAUGAGCCACUCCUGCUAGCUUGUGCACGUCAACUUAUCGAGCAUAUAAGUGGUAGUGGCUCAGCUCGGCCGUUGGUGAUCUCUCUUGGUUUGAAAGAUCAUUCCCAGGGAACAUUGAAAGAUGUAGUUUCUGCCAUUGUUGACAACCGCCUAUGGUGAUAACUUUGCAAAGGUUGGGAUGGGCACAUAAAUGUUCAGUUCAUUUACAGAGACAUUGACAUACACAAGCUGUCAGAGCAAAAUCGGCCCUCCCUUAUCAUGCAUGAAUCUCUAGAAAUUAUGUAAUUAGAAUUUAUUCCAGAUUCAGUUAUCAUGAGAUGAUUUUCCCCACUAAAA